AUGGCCAACUAUCAGUGGGCCAGUCAUGAACAGGAAGCCAAGGCAACAGCUUGUGAUGCUUUGGCAUUGGCUCUGGCAAAAUACAGAAAUGUGAAAAAGUUAUCCGAGACGCCGAGUACCAGUGGAUCCUCUCCCACAAGAUCGUCCAUAGCAUUGGAAAGCGAUGGUGUGGAAGACAAGGAGAUAAUCCAAAGCCUCUCGAUGGGAGGGAUACGUUUCAGAGCCACUACAAGUUCCGAGCCCGCACUGAUGAGGAGCCAGCCUCGUCGUCGGCCUAGGAGGAGAACUCGUGGCCCCAAGGUGCCAACAAUAAAGGGGAUCCUGAAAAAGACAUCUUCCUAUCAUUCCAUGAGGUUUAUGAGUGAGCCACCUCCAAAGACGUUGAUCCCCCAAAAGUGUGUGAGCUUUGUGGGCCUGAAGCAGCAAUGUACAGAUGAUGAUAGAUGGGAGAGCGAAGGGUCAGAUAGAUGGGAGAGCGAACGAACAAAGACGAAUCUCGAGGCGUCCGAGCACGGAUAUGACGCCCCUUCGCACCAAGGAAACUAUUAUUGGGGCAAUCAAGCGUCCAUCAAUGCACCCAAACCUUUGUCCACCACGAGUCUGACACGUCUUCGGAAAGAACUGAACCUGAAGAAUGCAUUGGGAAUUUCACAUGCAGAGGUCAAGCUCAGCCACAACAGUACUAACAUGGAUGCUCCAGGAAGGAGCAAGAGAGACGGCAUCAACCCGUUUCAGGAUUCCAUUAAAGAGUUACAGUCCGUUCUGGUCCAAAGUGCACAUCAGCAGUUGUCCAAGCCUUUGCAUUGCACCAAUACAGCUCCGUCCAAGCCACGACGUCAGGGAACCAUUGAAUCAAUUGAGGAGGAGGAGGACAUUGUUUCAUCUCCCACUGCAAUCGUCUGUGGGAAACUGCAGCUUUCCACAGUCAACGACUUUGACAUUGUUGUGAACCACUCAAACGCAGCUCCAUUGAAACCACAACGCCAGGGCACGAUUGAACACAUUGAGAGAGUUUCACCUCCCAAUGCAGAUUUCCACCAGAAGUCACAGCUUUCGGCAGUGCAGGACCUUCAAGUUGGGAAACACUCAAAUGCAGCACCAUUGAUGCCACAACGCCAGGGUACCAUUGAAACAAUUGAGGAGGAAAUUUCAUCCCCCACUGUCCUUCAGAAGCCACAGCUUUCCGCAAUGCAUGACCUUUACUUUGUGAAACACUCAAAUGCAGCACCAUCGAUGCCACAACGUCAGGGGACCAUUGAAACAAUUGAGGAGGAAAUUUCACCCCCCACUGUCGCUCAGAAGCCACAGCUUUCGGCAAUGCAUGACCUUUACUUUGUGAAACACUCAAAUGCAGCACCAUCGAUGCCAGAACGUCAGGGUACCAUUGAAACCAUUGAGGAGGAAAUUUCAUCCCCCACUGUCGCUCAGAAGCCGCAGCUUUCCGCAGUGCAUGACCUUGGAGUUGUGAGCCACUCAAAUACACAACGUCAGGGCACCAUUGAAACAAUCGACGAGGACAUUUCAUUCCCCACUGUGAUUGUUGGUCAGAAACUGCAGCUUCCCACAGUCAAUGACUUCGUUGAAGCUGUUGACCACUCACAAAUAGCUCCAUUAAUGCCACAACGUCAGGGCACCAUUGAAACAAUUGACGAGGACAUUUCAUCUCCCACUGUGAUUGUUGGUCAGAAACUGCAGCGUUCCACAGUGAAUGACAUUGAAGUUGUGGACCUCUCAAAAACAGCUCCAUUGAUGCCACAACGUCAGGGCACCAUUGAUUCGGUUGAAAGUACUUCAUCACCCUCUGCAGUCAUGUGUCAGAAUCCACAGCAAUCCAAGGUGAUGAACGACAGGGAAGGCAUGGACCACUCAACGUCACCUCCGUUGAUGCCACAACGUCAGGGUACCAUUGAAAUUCACGUACCGUGGGAAAAGAAUGCUUGUUCUCGGGGAGUGGCCGCAUGCUUGGAGCUUUAG